AUGACUGUGCACCAGUGCACUAAGCAAGGUCCAUCAAGACAUGGAAGACAGAGUCUGCAUCUGGACUCCCCAGGCAACUUUGCCAGGAUCCUCUUCGUGGACUUCAGCUCCGCCUUCAACUCCCUACAUAAGCAUCUAUUGAUCCGGAAACUACACCAGCUCAACAUCCCCCCUCAGCUGAUCCACCUCACCCACAACUCCCUCACCGACCGACUGCAAGCAGUAAGGGUGGGCUCAAACAAAUCCCUGAUGCAUACCAUCAACACCGGGGUCCCACAGGGAUGUGUGUUGAGCCCUUUCCUACUGUACCGGGCUAGAAAGGGAGCUUUUGGUCAGCAAAUAGAAGACUUCCUGGAUAAGCUUGAUGAACAGACAUCAGACAUUGUGUCUCACCGAAAGAUGACAGCACUGAGAUGCCUCCCCGUUUUUGUCCGGGACGACACAACUAAGUUUUUCCUGCAGCAUUUGAAAACUGGCCUGAAGAAAGAGUGCUCAGAGGCGUGUCUGUUGGCAUCCUUACAAUCCUUGAAGAAGAUGAUCCUGCUGUAUCACCCAACGUACGGGACUGGGCUGUUGUGUUGGAAGGUUCCAUCGUGCUACAUGACCUGCCAGACCUCGGUACCGCCUUUGCAUACCUCUUUGGCCUACUGUAUGUGUCAGAGGCCUUGACACUUUCCCAGGUAUUUUCUUUAAAAUGAAUAAAACACUUCCCUAACAGUAAAAUUGGAUCCCUCUAACACUGAAGUUAAAACCUAAGAAAUACAUGUUUUUACAGCAGCCAGGCAAUAUAAUUGUGUAAUGAUUUGAUGACAGAA